AUUAUUUGUGUAAAUUUAUUUUAAAACAGAUAUGUCUGGUUCACAAUGCUCGUACACACACCUUUAUAGCAGUAGAUUUUACGAAGACUGCGAAACAGCCUCGGAAAACUUCCUCUAUCGUGAGGAAGUCCAAAGUACGAAGCAUCAAAAAAAUGCAGCCAAGUCCAGCUAUGGACAUAUUAUAAUCGCACAAAUUAGACGUUCUUUGUCAUGUUGUUUUGGUGCUAGGGACGAUGAGGGUCCUUCGCUUCAUAACUAUGGUGUCGAUGUGACAAAAGUAUUUGAUAACACCGAAAGUCAACAGUCUACCCCGCGUACAAGUAGGCACAAAAGUGAUAUAGAUCAGGCAAUAUGGAUAAUCCAAGCAAGCAAAGACACCGAUUCAAUUUCACUGAAGCUAUCUGAUGCUAGAUGGAUAGCCCUGGCUUGGGUAGCUAAAGUAGCUAAUGGAGAAAGAAUGACAAGAAGUGUUGUCAAAAACCUUGUAGUGGAUGCUCAGAGGGCGAAAAACACCAUAGAGGCAAUGUCCAAAACAAUCAUCAAAAACUUCCCAGGAUUGGAAUUGGCCGAUGAUGUCAAUUCAUUUGAAACAGUAGACCAUGCCAUGGCCAUUGAUUCUGUUGUAGAUUACAUGAAUGAACACGCAGGUCUGAAUACACUGUCGUUUGCCAUAAUCGUAAAAAAGGGAUACUGUUGUGCUCUAUAUUACAACAGUCGAGGUGAAUCUUCAGACCUCGUCCUACUUGAGGUCAUGAUUGGUGGAAAACGCAAGGGAUCAAAUACAACACGAAUGUUAGCUUACAGAAGACUAACACAUGUACGCGAUCAUUUGCUGGAUGUUGAAGCGCUCAAGUCUUGUUCCACACUUUACUGCUAUACGUUCAAUAUAAAGAAUUUGUGCUAUGCAACUGUGGGUGACAUCACAAAAUAUCCGCGUGCAACAUUUGACAAUAAAAAUGAAGUCCCAGACAAUACACUGGAAGAUAAAGGUGGGUUUGGAUAAAAGCGGAAGUCAUGGAUAAAACAAAUUUAGACCCAAGGAAAGAUGCAAAAAUGGUAUUUUCACACGCUAAAUAUUUGGCGAAAAUGUAACAUAUU